ACAUUGGGCAUACAUAUAUGAAGAGAUAAACGUCUGGCAGACUUAUGGAGGAUUUGGAGUUGAUAGUUUCUGCUUUUGUGUGAACAUGCAUUCCUAGACACUGUAUCACAACUUUACAUUGAUAGGGCUAGGGUACAACAUCAGAUUACAAUCUAUUAAUAGUUUAGCUUCUUACACACUUCAGUGAUGUACCAGACAAGAUGGCUUCCAACACGAACCACCCGUUCAACCCACCGAGUCUCUUCGUGAAGGACUACAUCCCUAACUCUAUGACCACAGGGACCAUACUGAGCAUUGCAUUACCAGGCUUUGCCAUCAUCUUGAUCACAGUAUGGCUGAUGACUGCCAAGGAUUUCCACGGACGUCCCAUUCCCGUGGGUCAGAGGGCUAUGUUGGCUUGGUUUGGUCUAUGUGGGAUGAUACACUGUAUCCUAGAAGGUUAUUUCAGUGUUUUCUACCAGACUAUCCCCAGCAAGACCGACUUCUUGGGCCAGAUCUGGAAGGAAUAUGGGAAAGGAGACAGUCGUUAUGUUAUCGGUGAUAACUGCACUGUAUGUGUAGAAUCAGUUACCGCCUGGCUUGAAGGACCAGCUUGUUUCCUCAUCAUUCUUGCUUACCUUAGACGAUCUCCAAGCAGAUAUCUCCUUCAGCUCUUGGUUUCCACUGGCCAGCUAUAUGGUACGAUCAUUUUCUUCAUGACGGAGUACCGCGAUGGUCUCGCUCAUUGCAAGUAUGGUGAUCCUCUCUACUUCUGGGUAUAUUUCAUUUCCUUCAACGUUCCUUGGGUUAUUAUCCCCAUCAUUAACAUCAUUCAUUGCUUUGGUCAUCUCUCUGCUGCUCAAGCCAGCUUGGACCAAUCCUCUCAACAGUCAACUAAAAAAGCACCAGGCAACAAAAAGAAAAAGUACUAGCGCCACACGGAGAUGAAUUUGUGCUUUUUGCUCAGGGCCAAUAUUCUCAAGAGUUUUAUCUUUUUUGUUUUAGUUGUUAUGACAGUAAAAAAUGAGCGGUGCAUCAGCGGUUUAUUUCCAAUUUGUCUAAUGCCAAUUCUUCCAAUUGCCAACUCGUCUACCAUCAGUUCGUCCACUCACCACAUGGUCAACUUUCGUUCAGUCUAAUGCCAUUUCGUCUAAUAACCAGUCGGUCCAAUGGCCAUUUAGUCCAUAUACCAUUUGGUCAAAUUGGACUAAGUGUUAGAUUUUGCAAAAUGAAUGAAAAUGAAAUGGAUAUUAGACCAACUGGUUAUGAGACGAAAUGGUCUUAGACGAAAUGGUGAUUAGACGAAGUGAUGAUUGUACCAAAUGGUUGUUAGACGAAAUGUUGAUGGACGAAAUGGCGUUAGACUAAAUGAAAGUAGACCAUGUGGUGAGUGGACGAGUUGGCAAUUUACCUGUGCAUCAUCAUAACCCACAUUUUUUUGCAUGCUGGUCAGUGGGGAUGAAUUUGUUCCAUUCAAAAUUGAUUUAAGGAGUGUCUGGGAAACAUGGUUUAGCUAUCAAAUGAAGGUAGAUAACUUGAAGGAUGAAUGUUUGAGAAUACUGGCCCAGGGUGUUUAUAGCAGGUACUCUGUCAACAAGUGCUUCAGUUUGAAUUCCUACGUGUCUUCAAAGUAUGUCUUGAAUGAAAUCACAAUGAACCCUAAAUCUGAAAAAUGAGUUUAAUUCCCGAUAUUGCGCCAAAUGUCCCUUCAUAGAUAAUUAUCAUUCGGUAACAUCGAGUCCUACCCGAAUGAACACCACACUAUUUCCCUUCAUGUUAAAUAUAGUUCAGGUUCCUAUCUGUCUACAAGCUUGGAUCAGAUACUACACUGAAAAUGAAGCAUGGAGCAUUUGUUGUUAGACCAUGGACCUACUACAACGUGUAGUAGGUCCAUGGUUAGAGCAACUGUUAAAAAAAUGUUGAAACAAUCAUUCAGCUUUCAGUUCUCUUGUAUUGAAUAAAAGAAAAACUUUUUUAAAAUCACAAUGGGAGUCAAGGACUAAAACUGGAAUAUUGAUAUUGGUAAUUAUGAUAAGGUAUACAUUUUAUUUUGAUUUUUAAUGACCAAAAUGUGCUGGAUAUGCCUUCAAUAUCUGAAUUGACAAUGUUAUGGAAUGAGUAAAUACGAAUAAGAGAAUUGAUUAAGUUUUAAUCAUGAAAAAAUCAGGUAGUAUAAGCUGGAUUCUUAAAUCAUAUUUUUCUGUAAUUUUUAAUAUUUGCUGUGUCAAGUUUGAUUCUGUAUUGUAGUUAGGAAGGAUUUCAUUGUGAAAAAACUUUGGAACACAUCUCCAUAAAUUAACCUCAUAGAAAAUAAAAACUAUGCACAUACAUGCAGAAUCAGGUUGGAAAGUAGAGUAUCAAUGAGCUACAUGUAUAUAAAUAUCCAUAAGGAUAGCUUAGAUAUUCAGUUGUAGUAUGAAUGCAGGAAGACCAGAGAUUUAAGAUGGUUAAAAGGAAAUAUGCUCAUGGUGCUUAUACAGGGUACAUGAUGUCUUUUCAAAUACUUGUUGUUGACACACGUUAAUACAAAAAUCUACAUGUAUACAAGUUUACCAUUUUUGCUACAUAGAAAGCACAUGAACUAUUUCUACAAGUACAGUUUCUGAGUAAUGCUAUUGGGUUGCAAAAAAUUAACUGAGAUGGUGCUGAUGUAAUGAGUAGAAUUGAUGUGUUUUAACUACUAAUUCUUGAUAGUCUACCAUUCUGAAAAUAUUACUUUGUUCAUGGAUCUAAAGAAAUGAUCAAGGAAUAGCAAAAAUAUCUUGUAAAGCAAUAGCUCCAUAUUUCCUUUGAAGGUUCAACUUCCAAACAUCUUUUUAACUGCAAACAUGAUGAGCUAUGGUAAUCUGACUGUCCGUGUACAUGUUCUAUGCAUUUUACUUUUUGGCCCUGUUUGGGUUGUCAUGUGCAAUCUUUAUUGUAGUUAGGUUGCGAUGAUUUUACUACGUUGCAAUAACAGUAAUCAAUAUCUCAACAUUUUGCUUUCUAAAUGUGAAGACAUUAGCUUGCAAUGUUGGCAGUUUAUCCAUGGAGAUCUGUUAUAUCUCUGUGGUUUAUCAUAACAUGUAUACAUGCAAUUUUCAGGUAAAUUGCUUUCCUGUGCAAAGAUCGAUGUUGAUCUUGUUGAUAUUUUGAGGAUAGGACUUUCAAUUUUGUAAUUUCAUUCCCAUCAUGCAAUGUGUGAACUAUAUGUGUCAAUUGUACAUAGAUUCUUGCUGUUUUGUGUGUAGGUUGUGAAUUGAUUGUAGACUCUUUUACAUUGCAAGUCUGAUAAUCUCAUUGAAUCUGUAUGCCAUAAGAUUGUAAAGGAUAAACAGCUCUAGGGUCAAAGGUCAUGCUCUCUUAGAAUAUCCUUUUUCUAUAUCUGAUGGUGAGCAAGCAAUAAAGUGGUCCACUUCAAACUGGGGGUUUUUUUGGUUAUCAUUUUUAUAAAAAAAAAAGAUACACUUGACUUCAUUUUUGGUCCCAAAUGGGAACGUUAUUAGAAACAGAAUCCAAUAAAAUGACAAGAUGUGCCAUUUGAGUUUCGAGGGAAAUGUGUAAUUGCUGAGAAAGAAGUAAAAUGAGUUUGACAUUUCAGCAAGAUGGGUCUUUGUCCAAUCUAUACUAGUACUCUGUCACGCAUGUGCUCAUCUGUGUUAGGGGUUUUUCAGUCUGAUCAUUUAUUUGUGAUGUCACAAAGUUAGGUUUAUGUUAUUGUAUACUAGAUUCAGAUUUAAAAUGAUGUAGUAACAAAUCAACACUUAACCUUGAUUUUAAAGAUUUUCACAUGAAAUAAUUUUUUGCUGCAUAUUCUUUUUUAGCUUAAAGCCCCCAAGCCAAAAUAUAAAUGUGCAGUAUUGAAUCUUUAUCAUUAGUUUGAAGAUUCCAUGCCAUCCGAAUCCUACCUGAUUCUUAUUGAUGCAUAUUGCUGAAUACAACCCAUGUUACAAUUUAAGAAUCAAACUAUGUUUCAUAGAUAAAAAAAGAUUAUGAAAAUAUUUUCCUAUUUGCGAAGCUCCACCCCCAAAAAGAGAGCUCAGACGUCAUUCUCUCUGUGACAUCAUCAGUCGAUCGUUCUUUCAGCCGAUUGUUAUUGACCUAACAAAGGAAAAGUGGUUUGUAGCUUGCCAGAGCAAAACACCUUUUAACAGUCUCGGCAUCUGCUGCCGCACCCUCACCAGAAAAUAAAAGUAUGUGACUUUAUAGUCGGCAUGUACUGAGCUGUGAUCAGUUGCCUAACAUUGUCUACUGUAAAAAUGUUAGUGAUGCUGAUUCGGAUAACAGAGGAAAUGAGAUCUGGGGAGCGUUUCAUCAAUAUUUUUGUCCGACAAGUAGUCAGAUCUGACAUCUUUCAUUGAUUCUGAUUGGAUGAGAAGCGCUGUAACUAUGGUAACUGUCGGAUAAAAGGGAACUUGUCAGAUAAAACGUCUGACAUGUCCUUUCAUGAAACGCUCCCCAGAGCUCUCCUUUGCAGGGGUGGGGCUUAGCAAGAAGGAAAAUAUUCUAUUAAAAACCGUUUAACAAACCCACAAAACAUGCCUGGAUUCUUAAAUCGAAUACGAGUUUCAUUUUAUAGCAAUAUGCAUCAGUAGGAAUCAACUUUGAUUUGGAUAGCAUGGAUCCUUCAAUUUGAAUGAAUUUUAAGUUUUGAUACUUGCUCUGAUCAGGUUUUAAUUGAUUUUGUGCUGUGAUGAUUUGAUUUGAGAAAUAAGAAGUAAUCAUUGCUGUUUACAAA